AUGAACUUCCUACUGUUUAUAUUUGUCCUGAGCGCUUCCGCGCAGAUGCUCGCCUCGCGCCCACCACGACACACUCUGGAAACCACAGCCUUUACCACCAAGACAAGCACCAUAUUCCUGGAUGGCAAGGUGAUAGUAGCGGUGACCCCCAUGUAUAGAUCCAUCAUCUACGUGGAAAACUGCUCUGCGGCCGGAAGUUCCGCGCCCCCAUCGAGGUUUACUACGCUGGCGCCCAAGGAAUCAUCUUAUGUCGAAAGCCCCUCUUCAUAUAUCUCCAGCACGAGCUCCAGUGUUUCCAAUACUGUUUUGCAGGUCCCUACAGUUUCCUCGCACGUCCCAGUCACCAACUCACACAUCCCGGUCAUCUCCUCGCAAGUCCCGCCAGCCAGCUCGCAGGUUGCUACCAUAUCCACAUACAUUCCUGGCACCAUCUCGCACGUCACUAGCACCUCUUCACAGGCUGCAACCAUAUCCUCCAAGGUUUUGACCACUUCCUCAUGCUCUCUAUGUGCCUCUUCGCGUGUCCUCAGUACGUGCUUACAUGACCACUGUAACAUGUCGCACAUCGAAACGGCAGCCUCGCAUACCCUCAAUACCUUCCCACACGCUACUGCUGUAUCUUCAAAUGACCCAGGUACACCUUCGUACGCUCCCUCUGGCUCCUUGCCAGACUUACAGGAGACAACAACAACGCUGUUCGUCCACUGCAGCUCUUCGCACGACGCUAGCUUACCAAAGGUGAGUAAAUCUGAUCCCCCAAGCAUUUCAACUAUCACCGUGUGGUAA